AUCUCAUCCCAAGGAACACUCUCUUCGCAUUAUUUUUCCGAGGUUAAACGUGUCUAAAUUUUCCAAUUUACCCGACCUUAUUCUCUUCUACAUUAUCCCGUAUCUCAUCCGGAAAAUCAAUCGCUGGUGGUCCAGAAUUUUCUAUUUGCCGUCAGCUUCAUCAUGGCCAAAAGUAAAAAUCACACGAAUAAAAAUCAAAACAGGAAAGACCACCGCAAUGGUAUCAAAAAAGCAAAGAAGCACAGAUACAUCUCCACGAGAGGAGUAGAUCACAAGUUCCUGAGGAAUUUGAAAUACUCGAAGAAAGGCAACCUCUCACCCGCAAAACAGUACGCCAGAAUGAAGUCCCGUCUGGAAAAGAGGAAAAAGUUUGCUGACCAGCCACCCAUUCAACUAGCUGUCCAUUAGGUUUAGUUUUUCCGUUAUCUAACUCCAAAUUUCCUCCUCUCUGUUUUUUAUUUACCGAGACUUGUUUUUAAAAAUGAAAUAAAUUUCAUUUUAAAUUUCUACAAA